AUUAUCACUAUCCAUUUUCCUCUCUCCAGAAAAAAUACUACUACUCCUCUGAUCUCUCUCUCUCUCUCUCUCACUAUUUCUUCUGUUGAAAGUUCAAACAAAACUCGUCGGUUCGGUGUUUUUUGGUUUUAGCUGUUGAUUUUAUGUAUCUGAUAACUUUGACCGCUUCGGAAUUCAUCGGUUUGUGACGUCAGCAUUAGUUUUCCGGUCACCGGAAUCGAAAGUUUUAUAUAUCUGCAGGAAAAUUUGAUUCAGCAAUUACUGGGGCACACUUUUCUUUGGUUUCACAUACCUCAGCAGAAAUUGUAUGAUAACGUAAGCUAAGUUCUACUUCAGAGUCAUGGCAUCAAGAUCUAGUGCAAACUUUUUCGACUUGGCAUCUGGGGACAUACUGGAUAUACCUCAGACUCCUAGAGCACUUCCCCGUAUGAUGACUGUUCCCGGGAUAAUUUCUGAUGGUUGUCGCAGCAAUGAUGGGGAUUCAGAUAGUAUGUCAUCUGCUUGUCACGAGCGAAAGAUUAUUGUUGCAAACAUGCUGCCUUUGCAUGCUCAAAGGGAUACAACAGCUGAAAAGUGGUGCUUUAGUUUGGACGAGGAUUCUCUUUUGUUACAACUGAAGGAUGGGUUUUCACCUGAAACUGAGGUUACCUAUGUGGGUUCUCUCAAGGUAGAUGUGGAGCCCAGUGAACAGGAGGAAGUUACACAGCGACUACUUGAGGAGUUCAAGUGUGUGCCUACCUUUGUACCUUGUGAAAUCCAGGAAAUGUUUUAUCAUGGUUUCUGUAAGCAACAACUGUGGCCUCUUUUUCACUACAUGCUCCCAAUGUGCCCAGACCAUGCAGAUCGUUUUGACCGUCAGCUGUGGCAAGCUUAUGUCUCAGUAAACAAGAUCUUUGCUGAUAAGGUUAUGGAAGUGGUUAAUCCCGAGGAUGAUUAUAUCUGGGUUCAAGAUUACCACCUCAUGGUUCUUCCAACAUUCUUAAGAAAGCGGUACCAUCGAGUGAAGCUUGGAUUCUUUCUUCAUAGCCCAUUCCCAUCAUCAGAAAUUUACCGAACUCUCCCAGUUAGGGAUGAAAUUCUAAAAGGAUUAUUAAACUGCGACCUGAUUGGCUUUCAUACUUUUGAUUAUGCACGUCAUUUUCUGUCAUGCUGUAGUAGAAUGCUAGGUCUAGAUUAUGAAUCUAAGCGAGGUCACAUCGGACUUGAUUAUUUUGGUCGUACAGUUUACAUUAAAAUUCUUCCAGUAGGCAUACAUAUGGGUCGACUUGAGUCUGUGUUGAAUCUUUCUUCUACAUUUGCUAAAGCUAAAGAAGUUCAAGAGCAGUUCAAAGGGAAGAAAGUCAUUCUUGGUGUGGAUGAUAUGGAUAUUUUUAAAGGUAUUAGUUUGAAAUUACUAGCUUUUGAACACCUACUACAGCAGCAAGAGGAUUUGCAGGGUAAACUUGUUCUUGUCCAAAUAGUAAAUCCUGCUCGUAGCUCUGGAAAGGAUGUUCAGGAAGCAAAGAGGGAGACAUAUUCGACUGCUGAGAGGAUCAACCAAAUUUAUGGAACUUCUAAUUAUGAGCCUGUAAUUUUGAUAGAUCGUCCUGUUGCUCGAUAUGAGAAGACCGCAUACUAUGCUGUUGCUGAAUGUUGCAUAGUCAAUGCAGUGAGGGAUGGGAUGAACUUAGUGCCUUACAAGUAUAUUGUCUGUAGGCAAGGCUCUCCUGGUAUGGACGAAGCUAUGGGUAUCAAAGCUGAUUCUCCUAGAACUAGUAUGCUUGUUGUGUCUGAAUUUAUUGGUUGCUCACCAUCGUUGAGUGGGGCAAUUAGGGUAAAUCCAUGGGAUAUUGAAGCUGUGGCUGAGGCUUUAAAUGUGGCCAUUACAAUGUCGAAUUCUGAGAAAGAACUUCGUCAUGAGAAGCACUACCGGUAUGUGAGCUCUCACGAUGUAGCUUAUUGGGCUCGUAGUUUCAUGCAGGAUUUGGAGAGAGCAUGCCAAGAUCAUUAUAGUAAGCGUUGCUGGGGCAUUGGCCUGGGCCUAGGUUUUAGAGUUAUUGCACUUUCACCAAGCUUUAGAAAGUUGUCCUUAGAUCACAUUGUUUCCUCAUACAGGAGGACUCAGAGAAGGGCUAUAUUUUUGGACUAUGACGGUACUGUUGUACCUCAGUCAUCUAUGGUUAAAGCUCCAAGUGCCGAAGUUAUUUCUCUGUUGAAUGCUCUAAGUAAUGAACCUAAAAAUACUGUGUAUAUUGUUAGUGGCAGAGGAAGGACUUCAUUAUGCGAGUGGCUUGCACCAUGCGAAAGGCUUGGAAUAGCUGCUGAACAUGGGUACUUCAUAAGGGAUUGUAAAACUUCUGAAUGGGAUCAUUUGGAUUCUGAUCUUGAAUGGAAAGAAAUUGCGGAACCUGUGAUGCAACUUUACACAGAAGCAACUGAUGGAUCAUUUAUAGAAUCUAAAGAGAGUGCAUUGGUGUGGCACCAUUAUGAUGCAGACCCUGACUUCGGCUCCUGUCAGGCAAAGGAAUUGUUGGAUCAUUUGGAAAGUGUACUUGCAAAUGAGCCUGCAGUUGUUAAGAGGGGUCAACAUAUUGUUGAAGUCAAGCCGCAAGGUGUUACCAAGGGAUUAGUUGCAGCGAAAGUUCUCUCUAUGAUGGUUGAAAGUGGGAAACCACCUGAUUUUGUGAUGUGCAUUGGAGAUGACAGGUCGGAUGAAGACAUGUUUGAGAGCAUAUUAAGCACUAUCUCCAGUCCGUCGGUCACUGCUGCCCCUGACAUCUUUGCCUGCACUGUCGGGCAGAAGCCAAGCAAAGCCAAGUAUUACCUCGAUGAUACCACUGAUGUUCUUAAACUUCUUGGAGGUCUUGCUAAUGCUUCUAAUCCAAAGCCAAUAGAUACUGCUCAAUUCCAGCUUGCCUUUGGUUCUGUUAUUUGAGUUGGCAAACAAGUCCGUCAGACAACUUUGAUAUAGAAAUUACAAAGUAUCAUUAGGGCUAGAGUUCUUUUUAAAUAUAGUUUCACAGUAGUGAUUGUGCCUGCCCUGAAUUAUUAACAGGCACUGAUAACUUAACUUGUACAUAUACAUGACUCUUUAAUAUGAGAACUUGGUUUAUUUUCUCUUGGGUUAUA